CUGAUAAGGUGUGAGCUGAUUAUGUUUUUUUAAAUUCUUGUUAUCAUUACCCUUAAAAUACAUUCCCAGAAUGCUAGGUAGACUUGUAAAUAGAUUACCAAACGCCUUGGCCCAGCAAGUAACGCGGCUUUACUUUACAGUGUUGAUGCGUAAUCACAGUACGUCGCAUUCCUUGUCGGAGCAUCAUUCUUAUCAAAACAUGGACGUGAAGAUCCUGCCGGCGUUGCAAGACAACUACAUGUAUCUUAUAGUGGACAAGGCCACUAAAGAAGCAGCGAUUGUGGACCCUGUGGAGCCUGCUACGGUGAUGGCGGCGGUCAAGGAGUUUGGCGUGGAGCUUACAAAGGUGCUUACUACACAUCACCACUGGGACCAUGCAGGAGGCAAUGAGAAACUAAAAGAAUCUAUGCCACAUCUCGAAAUAUAUGGUGGGGACAACCGUAUUGGGGCACUGACGCAGAUGGUGGUGCAUAAUCAGCAGUUUAACAUUGGCAACUUGAAUGUCCUGUGCCUCUCCACACCGUGCCAUACCUCUGGUCAUAUCUGCUACUUUGUGCAGGCACCCGGUGAAGGAACUGAACGGGUUGUUUUCACAGGGGACACUCUCUUCCUUGGCGGUUGUGGAAGGUUUUUCGAAGGCACAGCGGAGCAGAUGUACCGGGCACUUAUCAGUAUAUUGAGCAACUUGCCCGAGGAAACGAAAGUUUACUGUGGCCACGAAUACACUGUCAACAACCUCAAAUUCGCGUCCGUUAUCGAGCCAUUUAAUGAAGACGUCAUAAAGAAAAUGCAAUGGUCUGUGGAGCGACGCGAGAAGGGAUUGCCAACAGUACCAUCAACGAUUGGUGAAGAGAAAAUGUACAACCCAUUUAUGAGGGUAACAGAGCCUGCAGUAAUGCAAUUUGCUGGCUUUCAUGACCCCAUUGCUACUAUGAAAGUGAUUCGUAGUCAAAAAGACAAUUUCAAAGCAUAAACAUUUGUACAUAUUCAGUUCUUUAUGAACCCAAUUUUGCCUUGUAAGUCUUUACUAUGAACUGAUGUAGGGGGUACAAAAAUAUGAGUUAUUUAUUAUUAUGGGUUAUUUCAUUGGUUGUUUUGGUAAAUAGACUUUUGUAUAAAAAUAUGAA